CGGAGAUGGGCGGCGCAAACACGGGGGGAGGAUGAAUACGGAAGCGCCACCAUGCGCACGGUGGAGACUCUGCUCCGCGUCUUUCCGAUGGCCCUCUGUGUGGGGGCGCUCGUUAUCAUGCUCAAGGAUUCCCAGACCAACGAGUACGGCUCCUUGUCGUAUUCCGACAUCGGAGCCUUCAGAUAUUUAGUGCAUGCAAGCGGCGUUUGCGCCGGCUACUCCCUUUUGUCGGCUGUCUUCGCGGCGGUGCCACGGCCGUCCACCAUCUCCCGCGCUUGGGCUUUCUUCCUCCUUGACCAGCUUCUGACGUACGUAAUACUAGCGGCGGCGGCUAUAUCAACGGAGGUGGUGUACUUGGCUUACAAAGGCGAUGCCUCGAUAACGUGGUCCCGGACUUGUGGCUCGUUCGGUGGUUUUUGCCGUAAGGCGACGGCUUCUGUAGUGAUCACGUUUGUUGUGACACUCUGCUAUGCGGCGCUCUCGCUAAUCUCUUCGUAUAGGCUUUUCAGCAAAUACGACGCGCCGGUUGCUUAUACCGACAAAGGGAUUGAGAUUGCCACUUUCCAUAGUUGAUGUAUAAUAUGUAAUGGUUUCUUGAAUUUCCAUGGCUAUGUGUAAUGCCAUGUACAAUUUGAACCACUAAUAAAUGUAAAAUGUUUUGAUGCAAGUUUUUGAUCUUGUGCUAGUUUUGAUAGAAGUAGCUUAUCAUG